GAGGCCAUAAACUCUGAUAUUGAGAAUGCUCCACGCAUUCCCUUGCUGAAGAGUCCUCCUAAUUCUUCUGUAACAAGGGAAAGUGGGUGGAGAGCACAAAAGGGUACCCUUGUGAUCAUUGGUUCCAUGGUUUUCCUAAUGUCAUUGUUUGCACUCAUCAUAAACAAUAGUGAUGAGCAUAAUUUACAAAAGCAGCAAAACAAUACUAUGAUGAAGGCUUUCACAGCGGAAACCAUGUCUCAGCUGCCAUUAAAGACGAGAGGGGUUGCUGAGGGGGUUUCUGCCAAGUCAAACCCAUAUCUUUCACACAUAGUUCCAUAUAAUUGGACAAAUGCCAUGUUAUCUUGGCAAAGAUCAGCUUUCCAUUUUCAACCUCAAAAGAACUGGAUGAACGAUCCUAACGGUCCAUUGUUUCACAUGGAGUGGUACCAUCUAUUUUACCAAUACAAUCCUGACUCAGCGGUGUGGGGCAACAUAACAUGGGGCCACGCUGUAUCGAGGGACUUGAUUCACUGGCUCUACCUUCCCAUUGCCUUGCUUCCAGAUACCUGGUUUGAUAUCAACGGUGUAUGGUCAGGAUCCGCCACCGUUUUGCCAGAUGGCAAAAUCGUGAUGCUCUACACGGGUGAUACCGAUCAAUAUGUGCAAGUCCAAAAUCUUGCCUACCCCGCCAACCUAUCUGAUCCCCUCCUCCUAGGUUGGGUCAAAUAUGCCAAUAAUCCCGUGUUGCUGCCCCCACCCGGCAUUGGUUCAAAGGAUUUUCGUGACCCCACAACUGCGUGGAUUGGCCCUGAUCACAAAUGGAGGAUCGCCAUUGGUUCAAAGCUCAACAAAACAGGUCUUUCAUUGCUCUAUAAAACCCAUGAUUUCAUCCACUAUCAGCUCAACGAUCACUAUUUGCAUCAUGUACCGGGUACGGGUAUGUGGGAGUGCGUGGACUUUUACCCGGUUUCAAUAAACGGGUCUCAAGGUUUGGAUACCUCUGUAAAUGGCCCUGAAGUGAAACACGUGUUGAAGGCUAGUUUGGAUGAUACAAAAGAGGAUCAUUAUGCGAUUGGGACUUACUUCACUGAAAAUGACACGUGGGUGCCCGAUAACCCGUACGAGGAUGUGGGUAUUGGGUUGAGAUUGGACUAUGGCAGAUACUAUGCUUCUAAGACUUUUUAUGACCAACUCAAACAAAGAAGGGUCCUGUGGGGUUGGAUUAAUGAAUCGGAUUCCGAAAGUUCUGACUUGAAAAAAGGUUGGGCAUCGCUUCAGACAAUUCCAAGAACAGUUGUGUUUGACAAGAAGACGAGAAGUAAUGUGGUUCAGUGGCCAGUGGAAGAAGUAGAGAGCUUAAGACUAAGCAGUUCUGAAUUUGAAGAUGUUGUGGUCAAACCAGGCUCAGUUGUGCCACUGGACAUAGGCCCAGCCACACAGUUGGAUAUAUUUGCGGAAUUUGAGAUUGAAUUCUUGGCAUCUGAAGAGAUUGGCGAGGACAAUGUAGGGUGUGGAGAUGGAGCUGUUGAAAGAAGUGCUUUGGGACCUUUUGGCAUUCUGGCUAUAGCAGAUGACCAACUUUCUGAGCUAACACCAGUUUAUUUCCGUCUUUCUAGCACUACUAGCAAUGGCAGUUUGACCACUUCCUUCUGUGUUGAUGAAACUAGGUCAUCAAAGGCUCCGGAUGUUUCAAAGCUCGUUUUUGGAAGCAAAGUUCCAGUUCUCAGCGAUGAAAAGCUAUCAACGAGGGUAUUGGUUGACCAUUCAAUAAUUGAGAGCUUUGCCCAGGGAGGGAGAACUGUGAUUACAUCUAGAGUUUAUCCAACAGAAGCAAUAUAUGGAGCUGCAAGAUUGUUUCUGUUCAAUAAUGCAACAGACAUAAACAUCAAGGCCUCGCUCAAGAUUUGGCAAUUGAAUUCCGCUUUUAUACGCCCCUUUCCUUUUGACCAAAGUUUUUGAAAAGUGAAAGCUAUAUACAUGGAUGCAAUCUUUAUCUUGCAUCCUAUUUUCAGGGAAUCGGGAAUUCUUAUUGUCCCACAGAUGACAGGAGGAAAAAAAAUACAAAGUCUCUGGGCAACAACCAUGUAUAAAGUUGAUAAGUUUUAGCUCCAGUUAUCCUUACAGCUAUAGUAGGCAUACCCAUGUCAUGAAUAUUCAUAUUAUUUGGGAGUUGCCAGUGUAAAAGGUUCCCCUGUUAUUAAUGCAACC